AUGAAAAAAAUAUUGAAUCAAAACAAUAAUGUUGUUCAAGAUAUGAUUGAAGGUUGGACAUUAUCUAAUGAACACAUGUUAAAACUUGACGGUUUAAAUGUUGUAGUUAGAUCAGAUUGUCAAGAGAGAAAAGAUAAAUAUGUUUCUUUAAUUUCUGGGGGUGGCUCAGGACAUGAACCAAGUCACUGUGGUUUUAUCGGUCUUUUAUCAGCUGGUGUUUGUGGCGAAGUUUUUGCAUCACCAAAUCCAAAGCAAGUUUUAGAAGCAAUUAAAGCAGUUUGUGGAACAAAAGGAUGUAUUUUAAUUGUUAAAAACUAUACAGGUGAUAGAUUAAAUUUUGGUAUUGCUCAAAUGAUGGCACAAACAGAAUAUGGUUUAAGAGUGGAAAUGAUAAUUGUGGACGACGAUGUAUCUUCAAUUCUUCAAAACUAUGAUCAUUUGGUUGAAAAAGGUGGAGAUUUAUCAGUAACAUUUAAAUCAAUUCAAAAUAGAAGAGGUAUUGCAGGUACUGUAUUGGUUCAUAAAAUUUUGGGUGCACUAUCCCAACAAGGUAAAUCAAUUGAUGAAAUUAUCGAAUUUUAUAAUAAAUUUAUUUCACCAUCUUCAUCACUAAGAUUAAAUACAAUGGGUGUUGGUCUUUCAUCAUGCACAAUCCCUGCAAUCGGAAAGCCAUCAUUUUCUCUUGAUGACGAUGAAAUGGAAUUGGGUUUAGGUAUUCAUGGUGAGCCUGGUAUUUUAAAAACCAAAAUGGAUACUUCAAAAAAUAUUUCUAAAUCAUUAAUAGAUAAUAUUUUAAAAAUUCUACCAAAUGAUUAUAAACAAUUGAUUGUUUUAAUUAAUAAUCUCGGUAGUACUACAAAUAUGGAAUUGGCAGUUAUAGCAGGAGAUGUUUUAAACUAUUUAACCGAAAAAGGUUUUAUUAUUGAAAGAUUAAUUCAAGGCACAUUAAUGACCUCAUUAGAGAUGGCUGGUAUAAGUAUAACACUCUUGUCAUUUGAUGAUAAAGAAUCAGGUAUAGUGGAUUUAAUAGACUUUGGAACUUCUGCUCCAGCAUGGCCAACAAAUAGUGUUUCAAGACCAAAUAUAACCAAAUCUAGAUCAUUACAAUAUAAUAAAAAAGAAGACUCACAUCAAAUGAACUAUGAAAAUUUAAGAUCAAUAAAAGUUUCUGAUGAAACCGGCAAAGUUAUUAAAAAUAUGGUAUUGUUUUCAUGCAAAGCAUUAUUAGAAAAUUCAAAUCUUUUAACAGAUUUAGAUUCUCGUGUGGGUGAUGGUGAUAUUGGUUUGACCUUAGAAAGAGCAGCAAAUAAUAUUUUACAAUUUAUUGAAAUUAUACCAUUUUCCCAACCAUGCUAUGCAUUCAGAAAGAUCAGCACAGUUCUUCAAGAUACUUUAGGUGGGUCAUCAGGUCCUUUUUAUUCAAUCUUCUUUUUAAAACUCUCAAAUGUUCUCUAUGAAGAAUCACGAAAAGAUCAAAAUUCAAUUUCAUUAGAGGCUUGGUCCAAAGCACUUUGCGAAGCUGCCAAUGCAAUUGGGAUAUUGGGUAAGUCAAAGGUUGGGGAUUGCACAAUGCUUGACUCUUUAGUCCCAGCUGUCGAAUCUGUUCAAAAAUCAAUUAAAGAAACCAGAGAUUCUUUCAAUUUAAAAAAUACUAUAAAGUUGGCUGCUAAUGCUGCCCACAAUGGAGCAAAUAGCACAAUAGAAAUGAUGGCUAAAAAGGGUAGAUCCUCGUAUUUGGGUGAAAGAUCUAUUAAUGUUAUGGACCCAGGUGCUGCUGCAAUUUCAAUCAUUAUCCAAUCAUUUAAAAAUUUAGAAAACAUUGUAUAAUAGUAAUAUUAAAGAAUAAAAUAAACUAUAAUUUUUUUAAUAAAUAAAAU